AUGACGGAAACGCAACGAAAGCCGUUUAAAUACGAGUUUUUUGGCCCCAUAGGUGCUGCUGGUGUCGUUUUAUCGACUACUUUAGUGUCCUAUGGUUUGUAUUUUAUGUGUAAUGAAAAUGGAUGUCCAUCCUGGAAUUUAAUGAGUAUAUGGAAUGACAUUCUCCAAACAAAGCUUUUUGAUUGGAAUGCUAUGGUCAUUUAUUUGUGCUGGUUUGGGAUGCUUGCUCUUCUUUGGUUUCUGCUACCCGGUAAAUGGGUCCCUGGAUCCCCCAUUGAUGAAAAAGGUACUCGGUUAUUAUACAAGAUGAAUGGAUUCAAAAGCAUGUUAGUGAUUUUGUUUUUCAUGUUUGGGUUCAUCGCUGUGUACGGGCCACAAGCAAUGGAGUUUGUAUGGACGUAUUAUGUACCGUUAUUAACUGCCUCGUACAUAUUUUCGGUUGUACUGUGCACUUACUGCUACCUGAGUUCCUUUGUUGGUCGAAAGCAAUUGGCCAAGGGCGGCGUCUCUGGAAACGCCAUUUACGACUGGUACAUUGGUCGUGAGCUAAACCCUCGUUUGGGUUUGUUUGACCUUAAAGUGUUUUGCGAGCUUCGUCCCGGGCUUAUUUUGUGGGUUGUUUUCGACAUCGCGUUCGCUUGUCACCAAAUAGUUCAAUUUGGUCGCAUAACUGACAGUAUGGUACUGGUAGUUUUGUCUCACUCGUGGUAUGUGGUCGAUUCUCUGGUGAAUGAAAGCGCUGUGUUGACAACAAUGGAUGUUACAACAGACGGGUUUGGCUACAUGCUAAGUUUUGGUGACUUGGUAUGGGUUCCGUUUACGUAUUCCUUACAGGCCCGGUAUCUUGCUUUUCACCCGGUGGAUCUUGGUUUCUGGUGUUUAUUGGGUAUUGUUGGUUUGCAAUUGAUCGGCUAUAGUAUAUUCCGUGGUGCCAAUGGUCAGAAAAACAAAUUCCGGACGAAUCCCAAUGAUUCAUCUGUGCAACAUCUCAAGUACAUCCAAACAAAACGUGGCACUAAGCUGCUUACAAGCGGCUGGUGGGGCAUUGCUCGUCACAUUAACUACUUUGGUGACUGGAUCAUGGCCUGGGCCUGGUGCCUACCUACGGGUUUUGGAUCAUUUAUUCCCUAUUUCUAUGUUGCCUAUUUUGCUGUCCUUCUUAUUCACCGUGAUAUGCGUGAUGAGGAAAAGUGUCAAGAGAAGUAUGGCGAGGAUUGGAAUCGUUACUGUAAAUUAGUCAAGUGGCAUAUCGUACCGGGAGUCUAUUAA